UUUACAAAUAUUGACAAACGAUAGAAACAAUAGUCAAAUGUUGAAUGUAACUGAAAUUAUGUAUCACAGAGUACUUUUAAUACUUCAAGCAUUGUCUAAUAAUCGAUUAAUAAGGACAGCCUCUGUCUAUAAUGAACUUUAUCAUGUAGUACAGCAAUUAAGCCAAAUACUAUUUUUACAUACAGAUAAAAAUUCAUCAAAUAAAUCAACAGUAUAUGAUUAUGCAAAUUGCAGCAUUGAUAUAAAAAGAGAACCAGAAAUUAUCAAUGAUGAAAUUAAAAUUGAAUGCAUGGAAAGUGAUUUUCAAACUGAUAUCAAUAUAAUUGAUGAAAAUAAUUCGAGUAUGAUAAUGAAUGUUGACGAUAUCAUUGAGUGCAAAAAUGUUUUCAAUAAAGACAAUGAAGAGAAACCAAUAAUAGUUAAUUCCAAUGUAGCAUUAUAUGAUAUUGCAAUAAUAGAACAGUUAUGCAACUUGCUAACAGCAAUUGGUGAAAACUGGUUAUGUAUACGUGGAAAAAUUAUUGAAAUAUUGUUAUCGAAUUUAUUCUGUGAUAUAGAAGAUACAAAACAUUUGCAGUGUACUGAGUUAAUAGCAAGGGCCAUUUCCAAACUACUUUAUCGAUUUGACACUCAGGCUUACAUCGAACUCGACAAGUGGAUGUUUGAUGUAUAUGGUGAAAGUUCAUUAUUUAAAAAACCUAUUCAAGGGACAUACCUAGAUAUGCAAAUUUAA